AUGGCAGCAGAGGGCUCUUUAGAAUGGAAAUAUAUGCCUGUGACUGGGGUUUUAGUCGAUCAAAAAUCAAAUAAAGUUAUAUGGGAGCUGAAAUCUGAAGAUUCAUAGUGGCCAAAAGAUUUAUUUACAGUCUCCAUUUCUUAGUCGAAGGAGUUCAUGUCUGAUCCUGAGCUUGGAUGGAAUUGGCACAAAUCAUGGAACUUACCUGACAUAAAUUACACAUUAAAUUUUAAAAAAGAUGAUACUACAAUGAGAGACUUUAGAGGAGGGAUUUUGGAAGUGUAAAUUUUUGUUAUCAAAAGAGGACUGAUUACUAAUCAAUACAUUAGUCUUGGAUUAAGAGGAAAUACCAAAUUAGCAUUAUUUGAACCUUCUAUAACAUUUAGUGGAUUGAAAUUUGCAACUACAUCUUACAACAAUAAAUACUCCAAGUUUAACUUUAUAUUUGUGUUAUCUUAUUCCAGAAAAGAAGAAGUUCUGAUAUUAGACUCGUAAAUCUCUUCAGAUGUGUUUGUAGACUCAAGAAAUAGAACUGGUCAUAACAGUAGAGACAUAUCCUAAGAAAUGUUUUUAGAUCUUUUUCCUCCCUAGUUUAUUGAUUAAAUAUUUUAUAAAAGAGAAAAUGCGAAACAGAACUCCAAAUUUAGUUAAAUUGAUAAAUCACUUCAAGGUUUUAUUAAUUACUACACAUCUCCUAACAUUAGGAACAAGAUUAAGCAUCCCCUCUUCAUGGUUAUGAAGUUCCCUAAAUGUGUCAAAUUAUUCUUUGGUGCUAAUUUUAUAAAAAAGUCGGAGAGUGUAUUAAUGCAAGUGUUGUCCCAUUUAAGUUAAGUCAAACAACAAUUGAGCCAGUCAAACGAGAUGAAACUAUUAAUAAAAGUUGAAAAUUCUAAUUAAAACACAUUAAAGAAAGCUCUAGAUAUAAUUAAAUAGUUGGAGAAUAAUUAUUAUGAAAUAUACACUCAAAGAGCCAACAUCCCCUCAGACGCAGUAGAAAUAACCGACAUCUACUCUUUAACUAGAGAAUACAAGAGGAAAUACCAACAUUUUAUCGAUCAUGCAGAAGGCAAGAAAUAAAAUGAAAAUUUCAAUGGCUCCAAGCCUCAAAAUGCCAAGUUAAAGCAAACCCAGAAAGGUCUUGACUAAGUUGUGUUCCAAGAUGACCCCAAAUAACAUUUAAUUUAAGUGACUGCUGACCGUAUGCAGCCUCUUUCAGGCCAGAUUCGUUAAAUCUCUAAAAAAAUAUAAUUAAAUCACCAACAACAUAGUCAAGAGAAUCAAGGAAACCAAGCAGAACAAGUAAAAGACGAGAAGGAAUAAGAAAAUCAUGCUUAAAAUUUGUUAGAGAAAUAGGUAGUUUAAAAAGAUAAAAUAAUGAAACAGGGCGCUGCUAUGAAUCCUAAUUUAUCGAAUAACUAAUUUUAAGCUCCUGAAAUCUUCAAUCAGUUCUCCAAUCUUUAAUAUUGUAAUGCCUACCAAUAAGAUUACAACUAAUUCCUAUAGUGUUACCAUAGCAAUUAAUAAUACGGUAAUUUUAAUUUAAUGUAUCCCUAUUAUUACCAUCAAUAUCAACCAAAGGAAUGA